AUGCUUCUUACGCAAUCAUUUCAACCUGUCAAAGAUCAACAAAAACCGAAGGUUACAGUUUCGAAAUGUUGUCUUGUUAAAAGAGCAAAGCGAUUCCUGGCCGACUUAAAAUCAAGACGACGAGAAAGUGGAAUGCCUUGUACCCCCACAAACAAUGGUAUCGCACUUUCCGCACUAUUAUUAUUCAACUGUUCCCAUGCAACACACCAUUACUGCUAUGGUGAACUAUCCGGUUUGUAUACAUAUCUGUCGUUGCUCUUUACAUGGUCAUUUUUCCCCCGUAUCCUUUUCACAUUAUUAUUUCUGCAGCUGAUUUAUCGGAUUGUCAACAUCAUAAAUCAUGAAGUCAAUAGGGGUAAAGCCAGUGAGAGACAAGAACAACAGCAGCACUUAUCGUAUGAUAGAUGA